GACUCACUGCAAUGUUAAAAAUCAGCCAGUGUAGCAAUGACACUCAGGUGGGUUUAAGUACUUGUGACCCAUGUUUACAACAUGAUUUUUCAUCAUUUUAGAAUCAGUGGUAAAAACAUCCAUGACAGCUUCAGUCCUUUAAACAGAUUCUCCAAAAAUCAGUCAACUGAUGUAACUUAGAGUGACGACAGACGGACCAAUCACAGGGCCUCUAACAUGUGAUGUGCAGUCACUGUUCUGUCUGAAGCAGCUGAAAACAAAAUAUCUGCAAUGACAAAUUAAAGGCUGGCACCCAGCGUCAUCCUAGGAGAGGUUAUAAUGUGGGCGUGGCCUGGGAGCACUUCACCACCACUCAGAACUGGAAGGUGUUGCUGAGGAGAAGUGUCUGAAAUACCUGCUCAGCUUGCUGCUCUGCACAGAAUAGGUGGUUGGAUGAAUGACAAGUUAAGAAAAAACAAUCCAGUUUUAUUUUGACCCCGGUAAACGGCUGGAGGUCUCUUCCUGUUUAAAUGGAGUUCUUCCUUUCCACCGUUGCCAAGCGCUUCCUUUUAUAUAAGAAUUAAUUUCUGUUUAUUGCGAACAUUCUUGUACAAUGCGUGUUUUGCUCCCAGAGGAUCAUCUGAAUGUUGUGGCCCGGACAGCCAAUAGCUGAUCACAGACCGGCCUCCCAGGGACCAAUCAGCGCAGCUGCUGCUCCUACCUCUGUCGGAUGACGGUGAGCUGGACGCAUUUCAGCACCUGGGAGCUGUCCGCCGUGCACGAGCCUGCCGACAACUGACGGUGAGGAUGGCGAAGGUGAAGCAGGUGGGCCUGUUGGCAGCAGGCUGUCAGCCGUGGAACAAAGACGUGUGUGCGGCCAGCGGAGACCGCUUCGCCUACUGUGCUACGCUAGCUAUAUACAUCUACCAGUUGGAUCAGCAGUACAAUGAGUUUAAAUUGAGGUCCAUCAUGUCAGAGCACAAGAAGACCAUAACAGCGAUCAGCUGGUGCCCCGACAACCCCGACCUGUUUGCUUCGGCCUCAGCUGAUAACCUCCUCAUCGUGUGGAACGUAGCAGAGAAAAAGGCGGUGGCGCGACUCGACAACACUAAAGGCGUCCCCGUGUCAGUCAGUUGGUGCUGGAACUCGGCCGACGGAGUGGCGUUCGUCUCCCAGCGCGGUCCGCUGUACAUCUGGGUCUACCGAGGUCCCGAUCCUGGGGUCACGGUGCAUAAAGAAGCCCACUCCUUCCUGUCUGACAUCUGUCUCUUCAGAUGGCACCCCACCAAGAAGGGGAAACUGGUGUUUGGACACACAGACGGGAGCCUGUCGGUGUUUCAGCCAGGGAGUAAAAGCCAAAAGCACGUGCUGCGUCCGGAGUCUUUAGAGGGGACAGAUGAGGAGGACCCUGUCAGUGCCUUGGAGUGGGACCCUUUGUCAACCGACUAUUUACUAGUGUCUAACCUUCAUAACGGCAUUCGGCUGGUGGACAGCGAGGCCUUGGCCUGCAUCACGUCGUUCUGCUUCCCCUCAGCUGCCGCGUCCGUGCAGUGUUUGGCCUGGGUCCCGUCUGCGCCCGGCAUGUUCAUCACCGGAGACUCGCAGGUCGGCGUGCUGAGAGUGUGGAACGUGUCUCGCUCGACUCCGCUGGACAGCUUUAAGCUGAAAAAGACGGGAUUUCACGCUUUGCAUGUCCUCAACUCCCCACUGGCCAAGAAAGCUCAGAGCUCCUGCUCCCCCAGUAAGAGUCAGUACACCAGUUCCACCAGUGAGGCGGUCCCUCCCCCGACCCUGUCGCAGAACCGCUCCUUCUCUCUGCCUCCGGGCCACGCCGUCUGCUGCUUCAUGGACGGAGGCGUGGGGCUCUACGACAUGGGAGCCAAGAAGUGGGACUUCCUGCGAGACUUGGGUCACGUAGAAACCAUCUUCGACUGCAAAUUUAAGCCCGAUGAUCCCAACCUGCUCGCCACGGCCAGUUUCGAUGGAACCAUCAAGAUCUGGGACACAAACACUCUAACAGCUGUUUACACCUCCCCCGGAAACGAAGGAGUGGUCUACUCCCUGUCCUGGGCUCCGGGAGACCUGAACUGCAUCGCGGGGGCGACGUCCCGUAACGGAGCGUUCAUCUGGGAUGUCAGGAAAGGAAAAAUCAUCACUCGCUUCAACGAGCACGGUAAGAACGGCAUUUUCUGUAUUUCCUGGAGCCACAAGGAUUCAAAGCGGAUCGCUACCUGCAGCGGAGACGGAUUCUGCAUCAUCCGGACCAUCGACGGUAAAAUCCUGCACAAGUACAAACACCCCGCUGCUGUGUUUGGCUGCGACUGGAGCCAGAACAACAAGGACAUGAUAGCGACGGGCUGCGAGGACAAGAACGUGCGCGUGUACUACCUGGCCACGAGCUCGGACCAGCCUCUGAAGGUGUUCACGGGACACCUGGCCAAGGUGUUCCACGUUCGCUGGUCCCCCCUGAGAGAGGGCAUCCUGUGCUCUGGAUCGGAUGAUGGGACUGUUCGUAUCUGGGACUACACGCAGGACGCCUGCAUCAAUGUGCUGAGCGGGCACACGGCUCCGGUCAGAGGCCUGAUGUGGAACACAGAGGUGCCUUACCUGCUCAUCUCAGGUUCCUGGGAUUACACCAUCAGAGUGUGGGACACCAGAGACGGCACGUGUUUAGACACGGUCUACGACCACGGAGCCGACGUGUACGGUCUCACGUGCCAUCAGAGCCGUCCCUUCACCAUAGCGAGCUGCAGCAGGGACAGCACGGUGAGGCUGUGGUCCCUCACGCCGCUCAUCUCCCCUCUGCUGCUGAACGUCCUCGCUGACCAGCCCUGGGAGAAGAUCAUCGGAAACACAGCCCCCGUCAGAGUGUCAAAGAGAAGAGUUCAGCUGCCUGCAGAGGAGAAUCCAGCCGAGCCACAAAGGUGCGUUGCUCCUCUGCGGUGCUGACUACGUGACGGGCUCCAACCUGCCGAGUCACUCAGACCUCCAGCUGUCCUGCUUCACCGGGCAGAGAAUACAGGGUCCGGUGUUUUUGCUGGAGGACAAUAAAUCAGCCAUCUCACUCAACGACGCUUUAAUGUGGGCGAAGGUCAACCCCUUCUCCCCGCUGGGGACGGGACUCCGCAUCAACCCCUUUUAACACACACGAAGAAGAGGAAGACGGUCACGGCGGCGAUGAGACAGACACCAGCGGCUGAAGCUCAAACACUUUUUGCCAACUGAAGCUUCAGAGGAGCUCAAAGCUUUUGUAGAUUUUGAUAUUGGUUAGCUGUUACGUGAUGAGAAUGUAGCCAACCAAUCGUGCUUCACGUGUGGAGGAGGACUGGUGUUGAAUGUGUCGUACUGGGUAGGACUCCCGCUUCAUUUCCCACAAUGUGAUCAUGUACAUACAGGGUAUAGAUCUGAGUUCUUCUACUGUACAAAGAAAGCACUGGAAUAAAGACACCACUGAGUAUUUA